GGAUGCGUGUCCGGGUGGAACGACGCGUCCAGCGGUGACCAAGGAAAAAAGCCCAAAAAAAGGAAACGGGAUUGGGGACUUUUAAUUUGUUGUUUUUAAAGAAAUCUUGGAUUUUCUUUGGAAACCCAGGUGGUCGUUUUAACCAAAAGAAGCAAAAUGGGACGAGGAGAAGGUCGAGAACAAUAUGAGCUGGCAGCCACCUCAGAGCAGGGGGGCAAGAAGUCCAAGUCCAAAGGCAAGAAAGAGAAGGAUAAAGAUAUGGAUGAACUCAAAAAAGAGGUGGACUUGGAUGAUCACAAACUGUCCCUGGAUGACCUCACCAGGAAAUACAGCACUGAUUUAACUAGGGGAUUGUCAGGCACUCGUGCUAAGGAGAUCUUGGCACGUGAUGGACCCAAUGCUUUGACUCCACCUCCAACAACCCCAGAAUGGGUCAAGUUCUGCAAGCAGCUCUUUGGAGGAUUCUCAACUCUCCUGUGGAUUGGAGCCAUCCUUUGUUUUCUUGCCUACGGCAUCCAGGCGGCCUCCGAGGAGGAACCUGCCAAUGAUAACUUGUAUCUGGGUAUUGUACUCUCUGCUGUCGUGAUGAUCACUGGAUGUUUCUCCUACUAUCAAGAGGCCAAGAGCUCCAAGAUCAUGGAUUCUUUCAAGAACCUUGUCCCUCAGCAAGCCUUGGUCAUCCGUGAUGGUGAGAAGAAGAAUAUCAAUGCUGAAGAAGUUGUGGUUGGAGAUCUCGUGGAAGUCAAAGGUGGCGAUAGAAUUCCUGCUGAUCUGCGUAUCAUUUCUGCUCAUGGAUGCAAGGUGGACAACUCCUCCCUCACUGGAGAAUCUGAGCCCCAGACUCGUACUCCUGACUUCUCCAAUGAAAACCCACUGGAGACCAGGAACAUUGCGUUUUUCUCUACCAACUGUGUUGAAGGCACUGCCAGGGGCAUCGUCAUCAACACUGGUGACCGCACUGUCAUGGGUCGUAUUGCCACUCUUGCUUCUGGUCUUGAAGUUGGUCGCACUCCCAUCUCUAUUGAGAUUGAGCACUUUAUCCACAUCAUCACUGGUGUAGCCGUCUUCCUGGGUGUCUCCUUCUUCAUCCUCUCCCUGAUCCUUGGCUACACUUGGUUGGAAGCUGUCAUCUUCCUCAUUGGUAUCAUUGUCGCUAAUGUGCCAGAGGGUCUCUUGGCUACUGUAACUGUGUGUUUGACUCUGACUGCCAAACGUAUGGCAAAGAAGAACUGCCUCGUGAAGAAUCUGGAAGCCGUCGAAACUCUUGGCUCGACCUCCACCAUCUGCUCUGACAAGACUGGAACUUUGACCCAGAACCGAAUGACCGUCGCUCACAUGUGGUUUGACAACCAGAUUCAUGAAGCAGACACCACAGAGAACCAGAGUGGAACCUCUUUUGACAGGAGCUCUGCUACUUGGGCCGCCCUCGCACGUGUCGCCGGUCUCUGCAACCGUGCCGUCUUCCUUGCAGAACAAGAAAACGUCCCAAUUCUUAAGAGAGACGUGGCUGGUGAUGCUUCCGAAUCUGCUCUGCUGAAGUGUAUCGAGCUCUGCUGUGGAUCGGUGAAAGAGAUGAGAGACAAAUACACCAAGAUUGCUGAGAUCCCAUUCAACUCCACCAACAAAUACCAGCUCUCCAUCCAUAAGAACCCCAACAGCAAUACUGAAACCACUCAUCUGCUAGUAAUGAAAGGAGCUCCUGAGAGGAUCCUGGACAGGUGCAGCUCUAUUUUGAUCCAAGGAAAAGAGCAGCCACUUGAUGAUGAGCUUAAGGAUGCCUUCCAGAAUGCCUACUUGGAACUUGGGGGCCUUGGAGAAAGAGUGCUGGGAUUCUGCCACUUCAACCUUCCUGAUGAACAGUUUCCUGAGGAUUUCCAGUUUGAUACAGAUGAGGUGAACUUCCCCACUGAGAACUUGUGCUUCAUUGGCCUUAUGUCCAUGAUCGAUCCUCCUCGUGCCGCUGUGCCAGAUGCUGUGGGCAAAUGUAGGAGCGCUGGAAUCAAGGUUAUCAUGGUUACUGGUGAUCAUCCAAUCACAGCCAAGGCCAUUGCCAAGGGAGUGGGUAUCAUCUCUGAGGGCAAUGAGACCGUUGAAGACAUUGCUGCCCGCUUGAACAUUCCUAUUAAUGAGGUCAACCCAAGGGAUGCCAAGGCUUGUGUGAUUCAUGGUGGUGACCUGAAGGAUCUGACCCCAGAGCAAUUAGAUGACGUCUUGAAACACCACACAGAAAUUGUGUUUGCCAGAACGUCUCCUCAGCAAAAGCUGAUUAUUGUUGAAGGCUGCCAAAGACAGGGUGCCAUUGUAGCUGUAACCGGUGAUGGUGUCAAUGAUUCUCCUGCUCUGAAGAAGGCUGACAUUGGUGUGGCUAUGGGCAUCGCUGGAUCUGAUGUAUCCAAACAGGCUGCUGACAUGAUCCUUCUGGACGACAACUUUGCCUCAAUUGUCACUGGAGUAGAAGAAGGCCGUUUGAUCUUUGACAACUUGAAGAAGUCCAUUGCCUACACACUGACCAGUAACAUCCCUGAGAUCACCCCCUUCCUCCUCUUCAUCAUUGCCAACAUCCCUCUUCCUUUGGGUACCGUCACCAUUCUUUGCAUUGACCUGGGAACUGACAUGGUUCCUGCCAUCUCAUUGGCCUAUGAAGCUGCUGAGAGUGACAUCAUGAAGCGUCAACCCAGAAACCCUAAGACGGACAAACUUGUGAACGAGAGGCUGAUUAGCAUAGCCUAUGGUCAAAUAGGUAUGAUUCAAGCUCUGGCUGGGUUCUUCACAUAUUUUGUCAUCUUGGCUGAAAAUGGCUUCCUGCCAUCACAAUUGCUGGGCAUUCGAGUGUUAUGGGAUGACAAAUACACCAACGACCUCGAGGACAGUUAUGGCCAACAAUGGACAUACGAGCAGAGGAAGAUUGUGGAGUUCACAUGCCACACGGCCUUCUUCACCAGUAUUGUAAUCGUACAGUGGGCUGAUUUAAUCAUCUGUAAGACCAGAAGAAACUCUGUCUUCCAGCAAGGAAUGAAGAAUAAGAUUCUCAUCUUUGGACUAUUUGAAGAAACAGCUCUUGCAGCUUUCCUGUCCUACUGCCCAGGCAUGGAUGUUGCCCUCAGAAUGUACCCACUGAAACCAAACUGGUGGUUCUGUGCAUUCCCCUACUCACUCCUCAUCUUUAUUUAUGAUGAAAUCCGAAAACUUAUCAUCCGACGCAGCCCAGGAGGUUGGGUGGAGAGGGAGACCUACUAUUAAAGCAUCCAGUCUGCAUCACACAAGUUUAUUUGCAUGGUUGUCUCGCUGCUCGGAAUUUUAACCUCAGUAAUUUGGAUGUUUUUAUAUAGGGAAUGCUUGAUACAAACACUGAGAUCGUGAACCAAGACAUUGCGUGCCUUGUUUCUGAAGCCGGACCAAUUUUAUACAUGUUUUUAAAAGUGUAAUAUAAAAAUAAACUUGCAGUCAGGUCCCACAUUUGUCUCAUUCCUUGUUUUUCAUUUAUUCUUAAGUUUGUUUGUUUUAAUUUGGAAAGUGCUUGGAGCUUGAGUGCAUGCCCAGAAUGCCUGUUUGUCUGGUGCUUUACCUUUGUAAACCUUAUAAAAAUGUACCAUGGUAACCAUAGCAUGCACCAAAAAAUGUCAUUAAAGCAGUGCAAGAUGCUCUCAGAAUAACCAAUAAUAACAAUAACGAUAAGAACUGUAAUGUUUGGCAAAAAAUGAUGGUGUGGUUACCAAGGUAAAUUAUUAUAAUUUUAUUACUUUAAGGGAAACUGCAUAAGUCUGUGCACGAGUGUUAAAAAUGGUGAGAAAGAAAAACUCUUGCCAACCCCCUGUCUGUUUCAACAGCCUCAGCUACUGAAAAAUAAUAUAAAAAUGCAUCAUUUUACAGUGCAAUAUCCUUCUCAAUGAGAGUGGGUGUGUUUUUAAGUGGGUUUGGAAAGUGUAAUCCAGGUCUCAUGCCUGGAGGAGACCGGAGAUCCACUUUUUUUCCCACCCACGCUACUAAGAUCUGGCACAAAAACACGUCCAACACUGUUUCAGUCAAAGUAUUGUGAGUCAGAAUCACCAGGGAGGGCAGGGAAAGGGAUCAUGUCUAUAGAGACUUAUCAAUUCAGUGUUUUUACUUUGUUUUAUUAAUGACUGAUACCAACGACUAAAACCAAAAAGUCAGAUAACCGAUAUGCAUGUGCCGCAACAUCUAAAUGGAUCUAAUAAUGUACUACAAUAAAAACAAUAUGCAUUGUAAAUAUCAUAAUUAAAUAUUAUCAUAAUCAUGUUUAACAGUCAAGAUGUAUCCUGCAAGUAUAGUUGAGUAAUUUAUGUAAUUAACACACAACUGUGCUGUUUUCUGAUGAAUGCACAGUGUGGUAAAGGUGUCAUUAAAUGUUAUUCUUUAGAGAUGUUUAUUGGUCUACCAUUAAAGAACUAUUUAAUUAAAUAUCAGUCAAACUGAUUAUCGGCCUAUGUUUUUUUUUUUUUUUUUUUUUUUUUUUAAAUUUUCUGAGCACCAUUAGUCUAAUAUUCUAUCUUCAAUAAUUUGGAGCAAAUAUCAUGAGUCUUCCUAAUCUUGCAUUACCUUCCCUUGUUCCCUCUCUUGCUUUUGACUCGGUGAGCUUUAUCUUUGGAUGAUGGCCCCGGGUUAACAGCCUGAUCUCCCUGAGGUGCGUAUCUGUUUCCCAGGGAAGUUUGGCUUGGGGCCAUGCUGGGAGAAUGCGGUCGGGUGGGGUUGAGACUGAAGAGGGAUUGUGUAGUUCAAGCCUGGAUAAGCCUGAAUCUAUUUCAGUCUUUUUCUGUUGAGUGAUCAUGCACUGCUAGUAACAGCUAUUUUCUAUCUUUCAAACGAGGCUGUUGAAACUGCAUUUCCCUUUCGUCCAUUUUAUUUGGGUUCAUAGGAUGCCGGUUGAUAGUUUAAUUACCCACAAUUAACUCGCAGCUCAUUCCAUUCCAUUUUUCAUGAAAUUAUGCAAGCUGUGUCAUUAAACACGGUGGUAUGCGUUCUCUGCGGUUUGAAGUAUCCGUUCCACUCGUUGAGACUAGAUCAGGUUGUACUUUUUCCUGAGACACAAGGUUACAACAAGCUGUUUGACCUUUUUCAUUCAACUUUUCCCCUGAUUAUGUAAUGUACAAAGUCUGAGUUGAGGCGCAUGGAUAGCUUUUCUACUAUUAACUAUCCCGUUCACUCUGAUUGAAGUUGCACAUCAACCUCCAAAAACGUGAAUCGCAUGAAAAGACCUAGGUGAGAAAGACCUUUUGUGAGAAUUAAAUUUACACCUCUUUAUUGGCAAAUAAGAAAUCAUUAAAAAUAAAAUAUGAAUCAAUUUUGAUUAAUAAGAUUUGCAUUGUGCAUUAUUUUCUUGACAAACAAUUAAACUAUACAGGCAAUUGCGUUCCCAUAAUGGAAGAUUUUAUUCAUGCUGUUUUAAUAAAAAUCAAUUUUAGCCUGGCCUUAAGGAGCAUAUUUUUUUGUACACUUUUCCCAAUGCUGGACUGACCUGUUCUAUUCUAAAUUGUGCAUUUUGUUAAUGAAUCAUUCCCAUUUUCCAAACAAUCAAUGGCAGGAUAAUAGUGAAGUAUUCUCUAGAGCUUUCGAGCGAGAGGUCAGGGCGAGGUUAGUGGAGAUUUGCGGCGAAUGACUCGGCACAAAAGAAACGAUUAAAUCCCAUUUCCCGGCGUGGGAGAAUUUUUGUUCAGUUUGUGCAAACCAUGUUUGUUCAUGUUGUGUUGCUGCAUGAUUUUUGCAUGACUUUCACAUGACUAUGCAUCUAAAACUAGGUUGUCCUCCAAUAUGUGUUUGGUCUAGGGAGUGAAAACCCAUUUAUGACAGACUGCAAAUAAACUCUCUUUAAAGCAACAGAGACACCAGCUUUAGUGUUUGAUGCACCCUCACAACUAUAGACAGACAUGCAUGUGCAAAUGAUACUGAUUCUGAACCAUUCUGCACACAAAACUUUAAUGAAAUCCAUUACAAAUUAAGCUUGUUAAUCAUUUUAGCCUGUUAAAACAUAUUGUAUAUGCAGAACCUAAAUGUGAUUGUAUGGGAAUGAAGACUGUUAUGAUGAAACCAAUAAAGCAGACUUUUUACCAUGUG